AUGGAGCUGAUUUUCGCACUUCAACGUCGGCGGUACCCCACUCUCGAGUCUCAAAUUAGUGCGAUUGGGACGUUGCUGGAAGGAGUUUCCUGCAACAACAUCACUGGUCAUGUUCAAGAGCUCGAUUUCUCUGGUUGGAUGCUUGGGGAAAACCUCAACUCCCUCUUCUCUGGGCUUACUCAUCUCACUACCAUCGACCUCUCUAUUAAUUCUAUUCAAGGAGAAAUUCCUGCCCUCAUUGGUAAGCUACACAAUUUGACAUCUUUGAAUCUCCAUAGCAACAAUUUAUCUGGGAGCAUUCCAAUCGAAAUUGGAAAGCUCUUGAAGCUCAAGGAUAUGAAAUUAUCGCAUAAUUUUCUCAGUGGGAACAUUCCAAAAGAGUUUGGAUGCUUGAAAGACCUUCAAUUUCUCAGCCUCUCCUACAAGUUCUUCACUGGGAACAUUCCAAAAGAAUUUGGAUGCUUGAAAGACCUUCAAGUUCUCAGCCUCUCCUACAAUUUCUUGACUGGCCCACUCCCAAAGGAGCUUGGUUCACUAGAACAAUUGCAGUUUCUUGCCCUUGGCAUGAAUAAUAUCACUGGAGAAAUUCCAGCUGAGCUGGGAAUGCUGAAAAGACUUGAAAUACUUGGCCUAGAUUUCAACUUUCUGAACAGCACUAUACCAGAGUCUCUUGGCAACUGCUCAUCACUGGUAUAA